AUGGAGACGGAUUCGUUUAUCCAAGCGCUAAGGAAGUUCAUUUAUAGAAGAGGCCCAGUCCGAGAAAUUCGCUUUGACAGAGGAACGAACUUCAUCGGUGCGGAAAACGAGCUCAAAAGAGCAAUCGAGGAGAUUGAUGGCGAAAAGGUGAAGACAGAGCUACUGAAAGACAAUAUCGAUUGGAUUAAGAAUCCAGGCUCCGCGAGCAACUUUGGAGGCGUGUGGGAAAGACAAAUUCGGUCAAUCAGGAACGUCAUGAAUGCGCUUAUGAAGUAACGCGGGACUCAAAUGGACGAAGAAAUCUUGAGAACAUUCUUAUGUGAAGCAGAAGCCACAGUCAAUAGCAGACCUUUGACAGUAGAAACCCUCAACGAUCCCCUUUCUGAACCACCAUUAUCUCCAAGCAUGCUUCUUACAGGAAAGACGAAGCUUGUAUUGCACCCGCCGGGAGAAUUCAAGGGAGAAGACAUGUAUUGCAAGAAGAAAUGGAGAACAGCAUUUAGUGCAAGAGUUUUGGCAAAGAUGGAGCAAGGAAUACUUGCAGCAACUGCAAUCGAGAUACAAGUGGACGCAACCAAAGAGGAAUGUUACGACGGGAGAUGUUGUCUUGCUGCGAGAAGUUCAAUAUCCAAGAAAUAAAUGGCCACUGGCUAAAGUUGUACGUGCUUAUCCAGAUCAUCAAGGCCAAGUUAGAUCGGUUACG